AUGACAAUCAUUUACAGAAGAUGGAUCCAUGGUGUGAAGAGAAAACUGCUCAGGUUUCACAGAAGAAGACCGGACGGGUCACGGCUCAAGUCGAACGAAGACCAGGAGAUUGUCCAGAGUCUAAGGACAGGAAAAGUAAAAGGAGUACUGGUGGGAGAGGAGGAGGAGGAGGAAGAAUAUGCGGAUGUGAAGGAGAUGAGAUGGGCUUUGCAGCAGGCUGUGAACCUUCUGUCUCGUGAGGAAAUGGCAGCCAUCAAGAUCCAAGCCUGCUUCAGGGGCCACUUGGCCAGGCGUGCAUUUCGGGCUCUCAGGGGUCUGGUGAGACUACAGGCAGUGUUUCGAGGUUACCGGGUGAGGCAGCAAGCGCGGAUUGCACUGCGUUGCAUGAACAGCUUGGCCAAGCUGCAGGUUCGGAUCAGGAACAGGCAGCAGCUUACAGGACCCUCGAAGCCAACUGCAAUUCUACCACCUUGAUAUAGGCUCCUACAAUGCCGCUCACUAAUUCCAUUCUGGAUUCAUUUAAUUUAUUUCUAAUAGUUCUUACGAAAGCUUUCACUAAUGGCAGCCCCUUUCUCUUUCUUGCCCUGUGUCGAGAG